AUGUCUUCCGUCUCUGACGAGACAGCCAAGGCCGAGAGGUCCGGGUUCAAGACCUCCAACCUCAGCAUGGCUCUUGAAUUCCUGCCCAAGGUCCCCAUGGUGUCUUACACGGCGCUGGUGCAUACCUUGCGCCUUACGAAACAGUCGAAAUAUUGGGACCUCCGCACUGCCCUGACCGUCUCCGUUGUGCGGUCUUUUAUGACGCCUUCCAAACCUCUGAGUAUCUCCGCCACUCAGAAGCUGCUCAACAAGGACCCGGGCAUCAAGGGCAGGAUAUGGGUGAGCAAGUACGCCUCUCCAGCGCCGCCAGAAACGGGCGUGCGAGAGGCGUUAUUACGGGCCAUCGAGGGGUUGCAAGUCCCGUCAUCAACAAAGGUGGAUGUUCGGCUUCCUGAUCUUGUGGCCGUUGAAGCGGAGUGGACUGGCUACAGGGAGUAUGCUACCCCCAAGUCGGUGCUGCCCGCAAUCUCAGAGAAGGAGAAGUACAUGGAGAUGAUGAAGGAAUGCAAGAAGCCCACCACAGUGCUAUACUUUCACGGCGGUGCAUACUACCUCAUGAGCCCGGCAACACACAGGCCGACGACCAAGAAAAUCGCCAAGCUCACUGGAGGCCGUUGCUACUCAGUGGGCUAUCGGCUGGCACCGCAGCAUCCCUUCCCGGCGGCUCUCAUGGAUGCUCUGGUCGCGUAUUUGACCUUGCUGUAUCCUCCAACUGGCGCUUUCCACGAGGCUGUCAAGCCUGAACAUAUCGUGUUUGCAGGAGACAGUGCUGGUGGAAAUCUGAGCCUCGCCCUCUUGCAGACUCUUCUGGAGCUAAGGCGUCAAAACCUCAAAAUUGCCUGGUUUGGGGAGGAGCGAGAAGUCCCUCUCCCUGCUGCGGUCGCCGUCAACUCGCCCUGGAUGGACAUGACGCACACCUCGCCAUCCUGCUCUGCCAACGCAGACUACGACUACCUCCCGGCCUUGGCUCACGAAAACAGGGCCACCCCGCCGGCCUGUGACGCGUGGCCGGCGGUACCGCCGCGCAAGACGCUCUAUGUGGACGAUUCCAUGGUCCUGCAUCCUCUGGUCACCUUGCUCAUGGCCCAGAGCUGGGAAGGAUCACCCCCGGUGUGGAUGUGUGGCGGGUGGGAGCUGCUGGCGGAUGAGGGCAAAUAUGUGGCUGGCAAGAUGCGUGAUCAGGGGGUGACGGCGGUGUAUGAGGAGUACGAGGCGAUGCCCCACUGCUUUGCUCUUUUGUUCUCCCACCUCGCGGAAUCUCGCCGGUGCUUUGAGAGUUGGACCGGCUUCGUGAAGCAGGCAGUCGAAGAUCCUGCGGGCAUCAAAUCUAGGGCAACGACAGUGAAAGCCGUGACACUGGAGGAAGUCGAUAUGGGCCCAGGCGGGCUGGUCCCAUACACGGAAGAGGAAAUGAAGGAGAGACUUUACAAGUGGUGCGAGGAAAAUACAUCCUCGGAAGCGGUUGCGAAGCUCUUUGCCCGUCCAUUCCUUUGGCUGCGAAGGGGCGUGUGCGUGGGAGAAAAGAGAGAGAGAAAGGGGCGGGCCCAAAACCCAUCUACUUCAACGAACCCGAAGAAAAAAGAAAAGAUGAACCGCCACCGCGCCGCCGUGUCCAAGAUCGCCGCAUCUGUGCGCGCCUUCUACGAGCGCGGCGAGCCCUACCGGGUCUACAAGGGCAGCUCCAACACGACGCGGCGGCUCGCGGCGGGGCCCGGCACGGGCGUCGACAUCCGCGCGCUCGACAACGUGCUCUCGGUCGACGCCGCGCGGCGCACCGCCCUCGUCGAGCCCAACGUGCCCAUGGACCGCCUCGUCGAGGCCACCCUGCCGCACGGCCUCGUCCCGCCCGUCGUCAUGGAGUUCCCCGGCAUCACGGCCGGCGGCGGGUUCGCGGGCACGGGCGGCGAGAGCAGCAGCUUCCGCCACGGCUACUUUGACGAGACGGUGCGGCGCGUCGAGAUGGUGCUCGCCGACGGCGAGGUCGUCGAGGCCGAGAACCCCGCGCGGGCCGGCAGCGACAGCGCACACGCCGAGCUGUUCCGCGGCGCGGGCGGGGCCGUCGGCACGCUGGGCCUGACGACGCUGCUCGAGCUCGAGCUCGUCGAGGCCAAGAAGUACGUGCGCACGACGUACCGACGCACGCGCAGCGUCGCCGAGGCCAUCGAGGCCGUCAAGACCGAGGUCGGCCGCGCCGGCAACGACUACGUCGACGGCAUCCUCUUCUCCCGGGACCACGGCGCCGUCAUCACGGGCCAGCUGACCGACGACAAGCCCGACGGCGUCGCGCCGCAGACCUUCUCGGGCGCCUGGGACCCCUGGUACUACAUGCACGUGCAGUCCCGCACCGCCGGCGGUGGCGGCGGCAGCGAUACCAACGACACCGUGACCGAGUACAUCCCGCUGGCCGAGUACCUGUUCCGGUACGACCGCGGCGGGUUCUGGGUCGGCCGCGCCGCCUUCCGCUACUUCCAGCCCUGGGUGCCCUUCACCCGCCUCACGCGCUGGUUCCUCGACGACUUCCUGCACACGCGCAUGCUCUACCGCGCCCUGCACGCCUCGGGCGAGGGCCGCAUGAUCGUGCAGGACCUGGCCCUGCCCUUCGCCACGGCCGAGCGCUUCGUCGACUACACGGCCCGCGAGCUGGGCAUCUGGCCGCUGUGGCUGUGCCCGCUGCGGCGCCGCGACACGGGCCCGACCUUUCACCCCGUCACCCGGCGGGACACGGCGGACCCGUGCGACGAGACGCAGAUGCUCAACAUCGGCGUGUGGGGCGAGGGCCCCCGGCGGCAGGCCGAGUCGGUGGCCAAGAACAGGGCGCUCGAGGCCGAGCUGCGCGAGCUGGGCGGCAUGAAGUGGCUGUACGCGCGGACGUACUACGACGAGGCCGAGUUCUGGGACGUGUACGGCGGCCGCGCCUGGUACGACGAGCUGCGCGCCAAGUACAGGGCCACCACGCUGCCGACCGUGUACGACAAGGUCAAGGUCAAGGAGGAGAAGGACCUGGGCCUGUGGGACAGGCUGAAGCUGAGACGGCCAAUCGGCGGCCUGUACGGCAUCUACAAGGGCAUCCAGAGCAAGGACUACAUGCUGCACAGAAACGCCACGUGGAAGUGGAAGGGGGAGCAGGAGCCAAAAGCUUGA